AUGGCAUGUGGUGUUGCACUAAAACGUCCGUACGAUUACGAUGAAUAUUUGAGUGCCGAAAAUGCAGGUGAUGCAAAGCGUGCACGACACACACAAGCACAUUGCUCACCGUUCCGUGCCCAGAUCGGAACUAUUGCUGCCUCUUUACCGGCGAGUAACAGCAGUAAUAACAGUUCUUCAUCAGCUCUUCUUCAACUUAGAGAUGCAAAUGAACGUGAUGAUAGCGAUGUCUCACCGUUUGCGUCGAUUUCCGGUCGUGCACAGUUAUCUUCUGGCCAGCUGGAGUCGUAUUUGCGAGCUGAGAUUCGUUAUUUGAAACGUCGUCAAUUGAUUCCGCGUCGUAAGCUGAAUGAAUCAGCAACAAGCCGUGACGGUCGUCUAAGUGAAAGCAGUGAUGCAGUUGGGUCAGGACCACCGGCUAAGCAAGCCAAUUUAUCCGGUGGUAACUGUUCGGGUGCUGCCACAGUUCAACCUUCAGAUGCAAGAUCAUAUCGUAUGGCACCUAAUUCACCUUCGGCUAAUUCGGGCAGUGAGUCAGACGGUGAGAGUUCAAUGACAGUCACAGGCUCAAUGAACAGUCAGAAGAUCGCAUCUGCACUUAAUUUAUACGACAGACCUCAAUUCUCUCUCAAACAGGUACAAAUGAUUUGUGAAAGGCUGUUGAAACAACAGGAAGUACGUCUCAGAUACGAAUACGAAACUGUACUUAACCAACGUUUGGACGAGCAACACGAACAGUACGUUCAGUUUGCACGUGAACAACUGGAGAGACAGCAUCAGGAUAGCAACGCAGAAAUUUCGUAUCUUUCUUAA